AUGAGUGACAGAAGAAUAGAAGAGAGUGAUGGGACGUCUGGAGGACAGCACUCUGUCUUCCUGUGGAUCUUUUACUCUGUGGCUCCUCUUUUGUCCCUCCCUGCCACGCCUCCAGCGGUCCCCUUGCACAGCAUGGAUGCAGAUCUGAAGAGGAGCGAGCAGAGACUCCUCAACGUGCUGGCUGACACUAUUCGGGGACUGGAAGCUGUCAGAAGCAGCAGAAAUCAUCACACUGGAACAGUGGGUGGGAGAUGCACCGAAGAAGAACCAGGUAGAGGCGGAGGAGGAGGAGAGGAGAUGCUCAGUCCUGCAGGAGACGAGGAGGACGGUGCAGAGAGAGGGAGACGUGCUGAUGAAGAGCGGGAGGAGAGAGAGUGGAAGCAGAGAGUUGUGGGGGUGCUGAGGGAGCUGAGUGUUUGUCAUGCAGACAGAGUGACAGCAUGGAGAGCAGUUCUCACAGAGUGUGCUAACAUGUUAUUCAAGUGUCCACCAGGGGGCACUGAUCAGCAACAUCAGACCAAAACAGAUACAGAAUGUAAAGUCAAACUUUGUUCAGACUCCUUCAGUGAAACUUUUAGGAGUGUUGCGGAGGACGUAGAGAACAUUAUAGACAAACUGAAUGCACUAAGAGCUAAGCUGGACAAAGAAAUCUGCAAUUUAUGCGCAGAGGAGGCCUCAACUGAGGAGACAGCACUUCAAGAGAUCCAAAGAGAUCCAAAAACAGCAGAACAACCUGAGGAUGACAACACCAAAUCUGACCCUGAGCGUAAACGGGACGCUGAAGAUGGAGACGAUAUAGUUCAUAUAAUGCCAUCAGAAGACAACGAACAAACAGCAGACUCCAGAAUUAGCAGUUCUGACUGCAACCAUGUAGAAGACACAAGGAUAGAAUUAGCUGUCAAAAUUCAAGGGAUUGAAAAUGAGGAGUGUGUUUCAUCAGAAAGUCAGACAGAUUUCCUGGAGGACACAGAAAAGUGCACAAAAGGGGUAAAUGACAAAGGCAAAGAGGAGACAAAUAAAGAGUGGAUCAUAGUGAGGCCCACUGGUCAACAGGAGGACAGCCAAUCAGAUGCACCGUGUUUUAUCCGAGCACCUGCAGGUGUGGCUGAAAUCCUGAGAUGUGAGGCGGCCGACACUCUGAGCUGCCUGAUGGUGAGCGGCUCGGAGGAGCUGGUCAGCAGAGUGAUCAGGGUCAAAGUUCAGGACGGAGCAAACGUCCGCUUCCCUGUGACCGUGGCUGUGCCUUUCUGCGCACGUUACCGCGGCAACUACAGGGAUGUGGCUGUGAAGAUAGUUGACGGGGAGAGGAGGGCGAGCUACGUCACACCUGUGACAACAGAGGGCACGUACGGAGGGCAGAGGGGCUCAUUUGCAGAGGUGAGGGUGUACUCUGUGGGCCUGUUUGCAGUCGUUUCCUGUCUUAAAAAAGAAAAUUACACAGUUCCCACAAAGGGUUUGUCACUCAAGCUCCACAUGGACCCCCGAAUCUGUCUGAGCUACCUCCCAGGAUGCUUCACUGCUCCAGUGAUGGCACAAACCAUGGUCCAGCCGGUGGAUGCCGUCCUCCUGGCUGCCGUCAAGUCUAGAGGUGAUUCCUAUCACUCGGUGGUGUCUACAAGUCCUCUGCUCUACCUCACCCACCCGUCCUCUCAGCCCCUGAGACGACCCCUCACUCUCACCCUUCCCUGUCCCCCAAACCCCGAAAAAAAGAGGAGAGCGAAGGAGCAAGGGGAGGAGGACGACAACCGAACUCGACCUGAAAGUGCUUCUCCACCAUGGGAGCAACAUGCCUCACACAGAAGGAGAUUUCUAGGCGUCUCUGUGAAGUCUAAGGAGAUGUCCAACGAGCUGCUGAUCGUUCUGGGCUCAAGAGACAAACAGUGGAGCGUCCUGGAGAAAGUCACAGUCAGGAACCAGCAAAACGGACUGGUGUCCUUUGAGCUGACGGAGAACUUUGACAGACUCCUGGUGGUUCGUCUCCUCUCUCCGCUGCAGCCCUGUCGUCUCUCCUGCCUGGCAGAGGAGCUGGAGGAGGCGGUCUGCUGCCACGCCGUCACCGUCGCCCUCCAGAGGAGACGAGACGCGCCUCACGCCGUCCUGGUGGCUGCCCUGCCCAGCAGAGACCUCAGCUGGGAGCUGUCCAAACUGAGAGCGCAGGGCUUCAGCGGCCUGUCGGAGACCUCAUCGGAGAUCUCCAUGUGUGAAGGAGAUCAGCUGCUCCUCCACUUUAGUGGCAACAUCACCUCCACAGGAUCCAAAAACGACCAAAAUGAAAUCCCACACGAACGACUCACUUUCCACAGUCAGCAGAAAAAUCAGCUCCUGGUGCGUCUCACUGAAGUGGACCCGUUUGGGAACUACAGCUCGCCGCACUACAAGGGCACGGCCAUGUUUUAUAAGGUCACCAGAGGUCAGCUGGCGUGGCGAGGUGACAGAGCGUUGCUGACGGACACAAAGCUCCUCGGAGAGCCCGUCUGUAAGCUGUCUCUGACGUUACCCAAGAAAGUGAGAACCAUAAAUCGGCCCAUGACGGCUCGAGUAAAGCUGUGCGAAGGAACAGAUUCUCUGUCAGACUCUCUUCUUCUGUGGCUGUCUGGCGAGCUCUCAGAGGAGGAAGUGGCUCUCCUGGUUCUCUCCCUGCGUCUCCGUCGAAGCGCCGCUCAGCUGGUGAAGCUGCGGGCCGGGGACAGCCUGUCCACCCAGGCCUUCCAGGUGCUGUCCAUGUGGAGGAGGGGACUGCCCGCUGCCCCGCACACGCCCAAAGCCUCUCAGCUGGCUCACUGCUUAGUGAAGAGCGGCAGGCCGGACCUGGCCCGGGAGCUGCUGCUGCGGCAGGCUGCGACCACCACACAGGGAUCACUAAAAUAA